CGAAAAGUCCCAGCAUGCAGCGCGCAGAGGUGCGCGUGGCAGCUGCGCGUUGAAUCAACACUGCUGCAACUGUGAGAGAAGAAACGAGAAGAUCAGCUUGAACGUGGGACUUUGCCCCACUGGCUAACAUGGAGCCAGCCUGGAGACCCCAGGGCCGGGGUCGUGGGCGGAAGUCGGAAGCUCCAGCAGAGAGGGUAAGAGAGAAACCCGGAAGUGGCGCUGGAAGAGGAGGAAGUGGCACAGGAAGAGGAGGAAGUGGCACAGGAAGAGGAGGCAACGCCAAGACCAUGGUCCCACCCGACGUUGGGCACGGCGCUUCCGGUCCGGCCAAGUUCGAAGAGAUCCGAAAGUCCAACCAGGCCGCCGCGCAACGACUGAUGGAACGUCACACCAACUGCUCCUCCUCCUCUGAGGAAGAGGAUGAUGAUGAUGAUGACAAAGAGCACAAGGACGCACGCGUCCUGCAGUCCACCUUCAUCACGUAUGCCAGUCACACAGGCGGCGACAUCACAGACCUACAGAGGACGGGCCAGUACGUCAGCGAACUCUUCCAGUCCGGAGCGCUCACCUGCCUCAUCUGCAUCGCCUUGGUCAAGCGGACUCAGCCGGUGUGGAGCUGCUCCGGCUGCUUCUCUCUCUUCCAUCUUCCGUGUAUCCAGAAGUGGGCCAGGGACUCGGUGUUCCUCCUUUGCUCUGCCACAGACGAAGACUUCGGCCGUAAGCAGCAUCCGUGGCCCUGUCCCAAGUGUCGGACCGAGUACUCCCACGCCGCCACGCCCACCAGGUAUGUGUGUUACUGUGGGAAGCUUGAGGAUCCUCCCGCCGAUCCCUGGUUAGCUCCUCACUCGUGUGGCGGCGUGUGUCACAAGGAGCUGAAGCCUUCCUGUGGACACGCGUGUCUGCUGCUGUGUCAUCCUGGUCCGUGCCCGCCGUGUCCCAAGAUGGUGUCUGUUUCCUGCUUGUGUGGCAAAGCGACACCCCUGCCCCGGCGCUGUAGCAACAAGGUGCUCAUGGGCGCAUUUUCAAAAACACUCGGCACAGCUCAACCAAAGAUUAUUACCGUAUUG